AAAGCGUUUGCAAGAGGAGGACGGAAUUUAUUUUAAUGACUGACGAUAGCAUAGAUCUAGGCGUGUCGCUUUAAAUAGUUAAUAAAAAAGUAGACGUCGUGUCGCCAGGAUGGAUCUCAUCUUCCUGUUGGAAGGGGUGAUUAUGCUCCCAACAGCAUUGAUGGGUAUGGCUCUGAAUAUUGCGAGUAUAUUCUACUUUGCUCGAUACCAUCAUCAGCGACCAUUCCACAGAUUAUUGAUGACGUUAGCUGGAGUUGACACUUGCUAUCUUCUCACAUCAUCAUUAUCAUUCUCCUUGAAAUCAAUCUCACAGACCUACAGAAAUACAGUUUGGAACCUCAUUGUACCAUAUACUCUACCUAUAGCUCAGACAACUAUGACAGCAAGUGUCUAUCUAACGAUCUCGCUGACGAUUGAAAGAUAUUUCUCAGUUGUGAAGCCCUUCUACCAGCUGAGAAAUAGGUGGUUGAGAUCAUCUUUAAUUUUGGCGAUUCCAGGACUUGUCUUCAGUCUGGUAUUCACUCUACCUAACUACUUUAUGAUCAGAACUGUAUGGAGUAAGGUUCCAGUGUAUGGGGAGCUACCGGAGGGAUUCCAACUCAAUCAGACCAUUCUUUCACAAUGGAACGCAUCCUCUCCCUUCUUCAACACUCAGACCGCCUCAGGAGCAAACAUGACAUUGGUCCGCGCUGAAAAUGAGACUCUGCUCGUAACUGGAGAAAGACUUCAACCAGAUAUAGAGCUCGCGUCUUUCAGAGAUAAUGAGAUUUAUAUAAAGGUGUAUGUUAUGUGGCUGCAUUUCAUUUUUAACAGUAUUCUACCCCUCAGUAUCUUGCUGACACUAAACACCGCUAUUUAUAGGAAACUCUCCACGCAUCUUCGAGAGGAGGAAACAAAUUGUGUGGAGCAGAUGCCGGGGCAGUUGCGGCGGAGUACUGAAGGACACCUGCGGCGGAGAGAGUUACGGUUGGCACGAAUCAGUCUUCUGAUCGUAUUUAUCUUUGUCCUCUGCCAUACUCCGAAGGUGUUCCCCAGCGCAUUCGAGAUAUGUGGACAGGAUCCUCAUAUGGUUCCUACUCUGGUUGAGUUCUCCCAUCUGCUGCUGACGGUGAACUCUAGUGUAAACUUCCUAGUUUACUACCUAGCUUGUGGGAAACAUGUCUGCCAUAUUUUCAGACACAGAGCGAUAAACAGAAACUUCCAGAUGUCUCAAAGGGAACACUGUACAAUGAUCUCCCAGAUCAGUGAACCAGCUCUUCAUAUUAAUAUAGUACUCAAGAGAGAGAACGGUUUACUAAUUACUGAAACUUCAGGUCUUUGCUCCUCCGCAGUAGAGGAUACUGAACUUUAGAGCUGUGAUGUCUUAAGACGAGACACGGCAAUACACAUUUAGAGGAAACAAGAAAGUUAAGAUUACCUGGGUAAUCAAACGACACUUCGCUUAAAUUCAAGCUUUGUCGAUCAUAUGAAUAUUUGAGAUCCUAUCAGUCAAGAUCAAAUAUGAUAUUUGAUGGCAGAUUCCAAAUGAUCUUUGGAUGAAUUUAAAGUGGAAUGAAACCUGAAAUUGAAUCCGGACUGCAAUUAUUAUCUCGUCAAAGAUCAAAAAGAAAAAGAAAUUUAUUUUUCAGAUAAUUUACAUACUCUUCUAAGGUUUUCUGAAAAGAAAUCUCUUUAUCUCUACACCGUCUCUCUCACUGCACUUGGGAAAUAAUUCCGGAAUACCCAAGGUUGUAAUGCAAGGAAAGUUAUUUCAAAAGUGUAUGCAUCUUUUGUACUGCAGUGUACUGUCUCUGGGU